UCUGAUACAUCAUCAUCAGACAAGUCGAAGAUCGUAGAGAUACAUAUAAAUGAAAGAGUGUAUCAAAUGGAAGAAAUCUGGCUCUGAAACCUGUGCUCCAAGCAUCUCUAGUCAAGCAGAAAAUCUAUCACUGCUCUGAAUCCCUCAUCAUGUCUGCAAACACCACAUCCACCCAGCCAUUGAUUAAAUUACUCUAUCAUCUUAAGCUUGCAUGCCUGCUUGUCUUGGUGAGCUUUUCACCUUGGAAGAAUGGAAUACCAUGCACCUCGUCAGCAGCAGCUAGGAUGUCAACUACAUGUACUACUGUCAUAGCAGUCACAUUGGCAUUAGGAACAGCGUAUACUACAUCCACUGGGGGUGCUGGUGUGCAGUGCUCAACGGUAGCCAGUGUUGAAGGUAGGCUGUAUGAGUUGCGUCUUGUUGGAAGCAAUGCCACCAACGAAGGCCUCCUUCAAGUAUUUAUGAACAACAGAUGGGGCUGGGUGUACAGCUAUACUGAUGCUUUACAUGUACAUUGGAGAUUGGGCGAGGUUGCAUGCCAUCAAAUGGGAUAUGAGGAAUAUAGUAAUACAGGGAUUUCGGUUGAUGAAAGCGUGAAGCAGCAACCUGUGCCCUGGUUGAUGGCGAGAGUUAAAUGUUCAGGAUAUGAAUCAAGAUUGGUAGAUUGUGGACAUAUCAAUUUUACCAGCACUCUUGUACCAGGGGAGCAGAGACUUCAUGUUCCAUUGAAAUGUAUCAAGGCACCUGCAUUACAAAAUGAUACUCUGCUAGUCCAGUUGAAUGGAACAUUCAGCUCUGGCAUUCUGCAAGUAAAGAAAUCUCCCUAUCCAGGAUGGCUCCCUUUUUGUGGGUUUGAUUUAGACAUGAUAGCAGGUCAUGUAAUCUGUCGUCAAUUAGGCCACACCCAUGCUAACAACAUCAUCCGCAUGAACCUCAUGUCUACUCUUAUCUCUACUCCUGUGAUAACAUCUGUAGUCUGUGAAGGGUUUGAGAAGUUUCUAUCAGAAUGUUCAGUGAUGCUAAAACCAUCUUCUUCAACCUGUAAUGGAAUACAUAUUGACUUUAAGAUAUAUUGUAGUGAUACACCACUGCUUCCUUUGGGAUCAUUACGUUUAGUAUCAUCAAGCCAGUCUUCAACCAAAGGACGUAUUGAGAUCUAUGGCAAUCAAUCUAGAUGGGGGACUAUCUGUGAUGAUUACUGGACAGAUAAAGCUGCUACAGUUGCAUGUAGACAGAUGAGGUUGGGCAGCAUUGGUAUUUCUCAUGGCAACGCAUUCUAUGGCAGUGGGGAAGGACCCAUCUUAUUAGAUGAUGUACAAUGCAAUGGUGAUGAAGAGAGGUUGCUACAGUGUGAUACAUCACCACUGGGGGAACAUAACUGUAUUCAUGCAGAGGAUGCUGGUGUGGAGUGCUUUGAUCAUAUGCCUACAGUAGCUCCAAAUAAAGGUAUGAAAAUACAUUGAUGUACAGCCUGCUUACAUGAAAAGUCAUGAUGAGUUGAAACAGUGUAUAUGAAUAGUAUAUCGUGUUUUUUAAUUUGCAAAUAUUUUGCUGGUAAUGUUUGCAGAUACCUUUAAUAAUGGCAUCUUGUGUUUGGUCAUCAGUGUAGCACCACUGCUCAUGAUUGGAGAUGGUCCUGUUCACAGAUACGGUCCACUUUUGACUUUUUCCAUUUAGAAGCCCCAUGCCCAAAAAUAAAUGAGUUAUACCUUGGUCACAUUUACUCUACGGCAAGUCAAAAACAGUUGUUUUAUUCCUUUUUAUUCAAACCAUCUGUAUUUAGCUGGUACAAAUAUGUUAAAACGGCUGUGUUUGUCUCGCCAUACGGCUGCGGUAGAUUUACUUUACACAUACAGACACACACUCAACCCGUGGCAAUCAUUAUCCUAUCCUUUUGAUAUGCACUUAGGUGACAAGUUUGUUUUGUCAAAUCAAAUGUGAAAUUUAUUAAAAAGUCAACUUCAAUUACUGUUUACUUCUAAAUGUUUUGACUCUUCGAUUUUAAAUCAUAAAUAUUCAAAAGUAAGUAGCCUGUAUUAUAAAGUCUGUAUUUGUCCUAAAGCUAAUUAAUAACUGUGGCAACAAAUGUUUGACAUAUAUUUAAGGAGAUGGAAUGAUGCAAGUGACACAGACAUAUACAUCAUAUUAUCUUGUAAAUAAUAAAAUCAGAUAUGAUUUUUCUGAAUUUCAUCAAUGAAUAGAUUAUCUACACGCACUACUAGUUGUAAAUCAGCACAGAUUAAUCCAGGGUUGCAUAUCCCUGGAGAAUGGAGCUGGUAAGUGAUGGCAGUAGAAGCUGUCAACUUGAGGGCACAAGAAGCAAAUAGCUCUCGACAGGAAGGCAUGCUUAUCAAGAAAAACAACAAGUAGGAAAGGUUGAAUGCCCAAAGCUUCUUACAAAAAUUUGCGAAAUAAACUGUCUGACUUGAAAAGGGCUCAGAAGAAACUGUAAGUACCAUAGACCUUAAGGCCACCGCACACCUUAAGACCCGACUGGUCUGCGACUGAGUGAAGGGAAAUGUUACAUCACAGCUCUUGUCAUAGAUAAAUCGCAAAGAAAAUUGUAAGGAUUUGACAUGUUGAAUCCUUACAAAUGGAUCGCAAGCUCAAUCCAACUUCCAACCGAUCAGACUGCAGAGUCACGACGCGUACAUGAUAUGCAACGCGCGUACAUGAUAUGCAACGCGCAUACGCAGUAGUAAGCGCCAUUUUCUCAGUUGCUAUGGCAAAAAGCAAAAAGCGCAUGUGUGAGUCGCAGACCAGAUCGCAAGGUGCACAGUGUCAAGGCUUUAUGACUACCUUGCAAUUCAUCUCUAAUCACUCAGUCGCAAACCAGUCGAGUCGUAAGGUGUGCGGUGACUUUAAGGCAUAACACCGGAGAGAAGAGCAUCAGUGAAUAUAGCCUGGAUUGCUUAUACACUCGUGAGAUGAAAAAUAGAAUUGGGAGAAAGGAUUCAUGCAAGGGGAAAAGCUGAUCGCCCUGAAAGUGUAAUUUCACCCUCACCAGGUACCACACAAGCUCUGACAGGCAAGAGACCCUGUCUUCUCUAACAGAUAAGAAGGACGAGAAGGGGCUAAGAAGAAAGCUCAACUUUACCAGUGGUGGUACAUGUAGUCUUACUCUGAUUCCUGGCUAUAAAGAAGCACUGGAAAGGGGCAAACACCAAUGUUUCUGCCAUCAAGAUGGUUCAUGGGUGAAUGAAAGGGCUUGGAGGAACCUUCAACCAUGACCAGAACUGGUUGCUACCAGAAGAACACUUAAUGAUCAAGUGCUAAAACAAAAGUGAGACAUAGUUUCGAAGAGCUUUUUUUCCCUAGCACUUCAGGAACCUAAGAAGGACUCCAGAAGGAG